GUCUCUCCUCGAUUGCCUACAAAAAUACAAACCAGUGAGACUUCCGACAACACAUAACUAACAAACGCGACCUUCUCUCUCCUACCCACACUCACGGCGACGCUCCACUCCUCUCUCUCUGUACACUUUCUCUCUCUUUCUUCAUCGGAAAAAAUGGAGGAAGAACCUCAAAUUCAAUUGUCAUCAAGCCAGGCGAUCAACAACGAAGAAGAAGAAGUAGGUGGAGACGAUGAAGAGUUCUACGAGAAGAUUGAAGCCCCAAAGUUCGUUGACUUCACUCGCCCCGAUCGACCCCGACCUGACGAUCGUUACUGGUUUUGCUUGCGAGUUGGAUGUGACCAGAAGCAUGAAGAAGAAAUGGACCCUGAAGCAAUUUCCAAAAACUUUUUUCUUCGGGUUAUGGCAGCCAGGAGCCCCAAUGUACGGUUUCAAAAAGCACUCAACAGAAAAGCUUCAGGCAUGAAUGAGCAAUGCCCACUUUCAGCUCCAGCAAAACCUUCGAAGUCUAGAGUAUCAAGAUUAGCAGUGAUUUCUUCAAUUUCUUACAAGAAGAUUGAUGCAAAAGAGAAGGUUAAGCCCCUUUCCAAGCUGACUUCAACUCCAAAAGCCAAGGCAAAGCAAGUUGCUGCUAAGUAUUUAACAACUCCUAGGAACAAAAAGUGCCUUCCAAACCAAGACUCUUUCCGAAGUGUUCAAAACUCGAAACCAUCAAGCAUUGCAGUGCCCAAGAAUAGAAUCGUAGCGAAAGCUUUGGUCUUUCAUUCUCCAAAGAAAGCAAUCACCAUCAAAACUUCAUCAGAAUUGCGUACCCCUUUGACGAAGAUUUGUGAAGGGAUGAAGAGGCUUGAGAUAACCAGUCAAAGGAAGCGCGUGUUGGGGUAUGUUAACAAGCCAUCAAAGGACAUUAGACGCAACCCUAACAAACCGUUGCCUGCAGAUCCCUUAAGAAGAAAACUAAGCGCCUGCAAAGACAAAAGCAAGGCCAAGGAAUUGCUUAAGCCUCCAAAUUGCAAGGAUCGGGAUACCAAGUCUUCAAGACGUGUCAAGAGAAAGAGCAAAGGGAAUUUGGACAAACCGUGCAACUAUAUGCCCAAGGAAGCUGUUGAAAAUGACUUAAGCAGCGAUAUGGAGCUUGACAUGAAAUCAAGGGAAGGCUCUGUAUUAGGUACUUCAAGGAUUACUGAAGGAAAUGUAUAUGAGGAACGUUUGGUAACUGAGAAAACACCUGGAAGUUUUGAAUCCUCAAAUUCUACUCAAGAAGAAGCCAUUCCUUGCUUAGAAUUAGAAGCAUCAACAGAGAAUUCAGACAAGGCAUUGUCAGAUGCUUCAGGAAGCAAAAUCAACUCCUUGUCAAACUCUGAAGAGGGUUGUUUGGAAGAAAAUGAUUGCAGUGAAGGAAUUGACCAGGAAAAGAAAACUAAAUGUCAAAGUUUGGGAGUAGGACAUGAAGUUGAAGACAUGGACAGUGAUGACAAAGAAAAUGCUUUGGGCACUGAUGGUAACAGAGAUGUCGAUCCAAAUAAAAACCGAUCUGCAAGAGAAGUACUCGGCAAGCAGGAGACAAACAAGAUCACUAAAAAGGUUGCUCGAGCACUGGACAAAAAUUUGAAAGAAGGGCUCGUUGUAGUUGCCACCGGUGGUGCUCAAGGUGUGAAGUAUAAAAAACCAAAACCCACAAAUCCUAAACCUUUCAGGCUGAGGACUGAUGAAAGAGGAAUUCUGAAGGAAACAAAAUUGGAGAGAAGAAUCCAAGCACUAGGUCCUCAGAAAGAAACCGAAACAGUCUCAAUUCUCCCUGGUGGAAUUUUGCAGAAAAGGCCUGGGAAUGAUGAUAACCAAAAGAGUAGAACAUCUGGCCUAACGACUUCAAAAGGACAAGUGCAACAAAAAACAGCUACUACAAUAACCCCAAAAAAACGUUCCAAUUCAAUACAACAAAAACCCAAAUCAAUACCAUCGCGUUUUAUGUGUCAAAAAUCAGAAAACAGCUUAGGAAAGCCAAAGUCAUCUUCAUUGCAGGGACAGCAGCAUAUUAGGCCAAAGGGGGUUGCUUCAAUGAAAAAACUCAAUGUGAUCAAGGAAACAUCAUCAACAGCUUCAAGAUCUGAGGAGGAUGUAGGAGAGCCAAGCCAGAGCGAUACUAGAGUUGCAAACAAAGCCGCCACUUCUGCUGCUUCCAGGUCAUUGUCACGAGGGAAAAGGCGGCCUGCAACCAUUCCAAAGGAGCCAAACUUUCAGUGUGUCCAUGUACCCAAGAGUUGUGCAAGGAAAGUGGCUUAGGCGAUAUCAUCAGAAUUUCCCAGUUGGGUGUAUUUUAUAUCUUCUUGUUCAAUCUUGUAUUGAAUUACAUUCGCUGAUUGAUUUGGUUGCAUUCCAGUUUUCAUCUUAUAUGCUCUCUGAAAUUUUGUACUAGGUGGUGCAUCUUAUGUACUUGUGUGUUCAUCUACAAAGACGUGCAAUAUAAUUGUUUCAUUCUUUUCAA